AUGACCCAGACGAGUUACAGGAACAGCCCAUUGGGCAACGGUACUUCCGUCGGUUCUGAUCAGACAGACACGCGCAAGCGUCAGAGCAAAAAGGACGAGGUGAGGGCAGGCUGAACGUGCUACUCCCGACGUCGAAGGCUGACCGAGCGCCCCUUGCUCGAUGCGUUCGCCUUUCACAGGCGAUCCGCAAGAAGAUUGAAGCCGACCUGCAGCGCAAAGCCGGCAAGUCUGCCGCCCCAACCUCUUCACGACGCCACCGAAAGGCAUCGAGGCCUGCUGCGGUGGCUGGCACCGUCUCAGCUUUGCGGCCCCUUCCAGCAUUGACAGUGCCCCAGAGCAUCAGUGUCGCUGAUGCGAGUCAGCUGUGCGCUGCAAAGCGCACCGACUGCGUUCUUGUGGUUGAUGAUGACGAGCACCUAGCAGGGAUCUUCACUGCUAAAGAUCUCGCAUUCAGAGUGAGUGACCUACGCUCUGGCAUACCAUGUCCAUUCCUUCUGAGUCUGCCUUCGAGCUCCACUGCAGGUAGUAGCUGGCAACCUUGAUGCCCGCGUCACGCCAGUAUCUGCUAUCAUGACGCGCUCGCCGAUGGUCACUCGAGAUACGACGUCCGCAACAGAUGCGCUCAACACGAUGGUCACGCGAGGCUUCAGGCAUCUUCCAGUUUGCAAUGACGAGGGCGAUGUCGUUGGUCUACUCGACAUUGCCAAGGUGUUCUACGAGGCAUUGGAGAAGCUAGAACGUGCUCAUGGAAGCAGUCAGAAGCUCUACAACGCGCUCGAGGGCGUGCAGAGCGAAUGGGGGGCAGGCGUUUCGGGGGGCGCUCAGAACCCCAUGCUGGCCUAUGUCGAAGCACUGCGUCAGAAGAUGAGCAUUCCAGACUUGACCACCAUUCUCGACUCGUGCACCUUGCCAUGCACUGUUGGGGUGCGCACCACCGUCCGAGAAGCCGCGAAGCUCAUGAAGGAGCAUCACACCACCGCCGUGUGUGUCAUGGAGAACGCUGGAGGACCAGGGCAGGGUGCGAUCGGCGGCUCAGGUGGCAUCGUCACUGGCAAGAUUGCAGGUAUCUUCACCAGCAAGGAUGUCGUUCUGCGUGUCAUUGCUGCUGGGCUCGAUCCCAAGACGUGCAGCGUGGUCCGCGUUAUGACGCCUCACCCGGACACUGCGCCUCCAAGCUUGAGCAUUCAAGAGGCUCUGCGCAAGAUGCAUGGUGAGCUUACAGCUCUUCGCUGACGCUUUCGGUUGAUGUGCUUGACCGCCUAGCUAACGCGGCAAAGAAUCUCCUCGGAUGCGCAGAUGGGCGCUACCUCAACUUGCCUGUUGUAGAUGUCGAGUCGCGUCUUGUUGGAGUGGUAGACGUGCUCAAGCUCACCUACGCCACCCUGGAGCAAAUCAACAGCAUGAACGAUGAGUCUGGCGGUGAAGGUGGCGGAGGACCAAUGUGGAACCGCUUCUGGAACUCCUUUGGACAGUCCACCAGCAACGUUGGUGGUGGCGCGGAUGAUACCGAGAGCGCGAUGAGCGGCAGCCACCGACAUGAAAGCCACGACCUGCCAGCUACCCCGAGCAAAUUCGACAUUAGUUCCGAUCUGCAUCCCAACGAUAGCGCCAGCGCUGUUGGUGGGCCAACGCAGCACGACGACGCCAUCUCGGGCGUCAACUUCCCCUCAGGCUUGAACCCUGCCGCAGCCGCAGAAGUGGAUGAUGGGACUUACCUGUUCAAGUUCGUCACGCCUAGCGGCAGGACACACCGUUUCCAAGCGCGCUACGACAAUUUUGACACCAUCAGGGAGAUCAUUCUUAUCAAGCUGGAGAGCGACCCCUUCUUCGAGGCAAACGUUCCUGCACAGGCAGUAACAGCUUCUGACGAUGGAGAGCAAUCCGCGGCUCCACUUGCCACUCCGAUUACUCCACCCGAUGCCAAUGAUUUCACUCUGGCCUACACUGACGAUGAGGACGAUGUUGUGCUCAUCACUGCUGACGGGGACGUUCUAGACGCGGUUCAAGUGGCUCGCAAGCAAGGCAGGGACCGUGUGGUGCUGCUUUUGCAAGGAGGCAGAGGAUGGGAAGAGGCAGCGGCUCGUGCAGGCGCUCAUGCGCAAGCCACCACCAGCUCCAACUUGAGCACUGCAGGAGCAGCUCACAAGCGCAAAGCGAGAGAAGCGGCAGAAGCUCAAUUGCAGAGCGUUCAGGAGGAAGAAGAGCGGGAAGCUGAGAUCAACGAGGUUGGCGAGAGGGCUACACCUUCGAGCAGGAAACAUAGACCCAAAAAGGAGGAGGAACUGCUUUUUGGAUUCUUGCCCAAGGACAUGGCUUUGCCUGCUGCUAUCGGCUUCCUCGGCGUCGCUGUGCUGGUCGGCGUGGUGGCUACAAGACCUCGCGGUCCACAAUACUGA